AUGGCGGUGCUGGCCCUGGCCUCGGAGGGACUCGCCAUCUUCGGGCUCAUCCUCUUCGUCGUGCUCUGGCUCAUGCACUUCAUGUCCAUCAUCUACACGCGCCUCCACCUCAAUAAGAAAGCCACGGACAAACAGCCAUAUAGCAAGCUUCCUGGUGUUUCACUUCUAAAGCCGUUAAAAGGCGUGGAUCCUAACCUGAUAAACAACCUAGAAACCUUCUUUGAGCUGGAUUAUCCUAAAUAUGAAGUACUACUCUGUGUACAAGAUCAUGAUGAUCCAGCUAUUGAUGUGUGCAAGAAGCUCCUUGGCAAAUACCCAAAUGUUGAUGCUAGACUAUUUAUAGGUGGCAAGAAGGUUGGCAUCAACCCCAAGAUUAACAACUUAAUGCCUGGCUAUGAAGUUGCCAAAUAUGAUCUCAUAUGGAUUUGUGAUAGUGGAAUCAGAGUAACACCAGACACACUGACAGAUAUGGCAAAUCAAAUGACUGAAAAAGUGGGCUUGGUCCAUGGGCUUCCCUAUGUUGCAGACAGACAGGGAUUUGCUGCUACCCUUGAACAGGUCUAUUUUGGAACUUCACAUCCAAGGUCAUAUAUUUCAGCCAACUUAACUGGCUUUAAGUGCGUAACAGGAAUGUCAUGCUUGAUGAGGAAGGAUGUCUUGGACCAAGCUGGAGGACUGAUAGCUUUUGCACAGUAUAUUGCUGAAGAUUACUUUAUGGCCAAAGCUAUAGCUGACCGGGGUUGGAAAUUUGCAAUGGCCACACAAGUUGCAAUGCAAAACUCUGGUUCAUAUUCUAUUUCUCAGUUUCAGUCCAGAAUGAUCAGGUGGGCCAAACUACGAAUUAACAUGUUGCCUGCCACAAUAAUUUGUGAGCCAAUCUCAGAGUGCUUUGUUGCCAGUCUGGUUAUUGGAUGGGCAGCCCAUCAUGUGUUUAGAUGGGAUAUAAUGGUAUUUUUCAUGUGUCACUGCUUGGCAUGGUUUAUAUCUGACUACAUUCAGCUAAAAGGUGUUCAGGGUGGUGCUCUGUGUUUUUCAAAACUUGAUUAUGCAGUAGCUUGGUUCAUCAGAGAAUCCAUGACAAUUUAUAUUUUCCUAUCUGCUUUGUGGGACCCCACUAUUAGCUGGAGGACAGGGCGCUACAGAUUACGUUGUGGAGGCACUGCAGAAGAAAUUAUUGAUGUAUAGCCACACAUUUGUAACUGUGAAUGUCAAAAAGAGAUGGGGAAAAGAAAAGUAUUAUAAGUUGUUUAUAUACUUCCAAGAAAAUCUACCUUCAGUAGUUUUAUUACCUGUAUGUUUGGUAUCUGUUCUUCAAUUUAUUUUUGCAUGGCACUUGCAUCUGUGAAAAUACAUCUGUAGUCUUGGCCAAAUGGUACCUUCCUCCUGUGUACAAAUAAAAAUAGGAGAAUUGGUCUUGACAUCUGCUUUCUAUUUAAAUGCUCUGCAGUAGACUUUUUUUAAAAAAAUAUCCUUUGGGAUAUGAACAGCUUCUUACUCCUUGGUGUGCUAGCCUAGUGAAUCUAGGGUUCACAUAGCUAUUUUCCAGCUGGGUUGCACAAGGCUGUACCUAAUAAAAUCAGAGGUACAGCUGAUUUUUGUUUUAUCCCUCUAAACUGAGCUAGUAAUGGGACCUUGGGAAAGAAGCUCUGAAAUGUUUUAUGCCUACCUCUUGUAGUUGCUGCAGAACAAUAUGAAUAGAAAGACUAAACCGCUUUGUAAAAACAAACUAAGUGAACCUGUAGUCUUGUGUUUAUAUGUAUAUAGGGAAUAUUUUAAUCACUGCAGUAACCAAAAGUGGACUGACUUUGCUAAGAAUGAGUUGGAAGGAUUUACUGGUCAGGCAUGUAUUAUGGGCAUCUUUUGGCCAAGUCUGAUCUGGUUCUGGCUUGAACCUCAUUAAGCACUGUGCUGUAAACUAGCCAAGGUGAUCCCGUCAGUACUUCCAUCCUUUUUUAAGGGGCGUUU